UGAUUUUAAUACGAUACAAAAAUUAUGAACAAUCAGAAAGCGUAGGAGGUUCCCUUAAUGAAAGUUCCCCUGCAACAAAUAUUUUUGAAAGCUUACAAGAAUAUAUGAAUGAAAUUGUUAUGUUAUCAAACAGCCAAUCAAAAGUAUCGAAUAUUUUUCUCCAACCAAUCACGAUAUUAAUAAACUGACACGUGAGGUUUUCAAUCAAUUCAGUUUUUUGGAGAGAUCAUCACAGCUGCGAUAUAUGCAGCAUACCUAAGUUAAAAGGUGUACUUCGAACCUAAAAAUUCAUUGUAUAAAUUAUUUUAUAAAAAAUAUAAACCCUAAGUAAAAGGAUGGUUGGUCAGCGUCCCAAAAGAAAUAAUUCACCUAUAAAUACAAAAAAUCAACCUUUGAAGGCAACGGUUCCUGUAUCCUCACUUGUAAGGAAUCCAAGUCCUAAUCGAAGAAGAACAAGUCCCUCUUCACCAGGAUUUCCUCCUGAUAAACGAAAUAGAAUAAGAAAAAGCCCAGAUGUUUUAUCUGAGUCACGAAAUCUUCUUUCUCCUCUUGGUUCCAAAGAACUUUUUAAACCUGUCAAGAAACAUAUAAGAAGAACAAACUCUCUAGAAACUUUGUCAUCAUACAUGAAUGGACAGUGGCCUCGUGAAGUUGUGUCUGAUGGUUCUUACGUUAUAAAAAAUGCAAAAAACAAAGCUACUCAAACACCAUGUCACUGGAUUGAGACAGAUGAUAUUCCUUUAUACGAAAACAUAGCAACCAUAAAUUAUGAUCACAGAAAAUCAAUUGCCACAAUAGGAUCAAAACAAAUAUUUCGUCAAGUUUUACAACGCUCAAAACAGAAUUCUUCACAACCAGCUUAUGGUAAACAAUCACCUGUACAUGGAAACCAUUCUGCUUCUAUAACAACGCAUUACUUUACUCCUUCACCAUAUAAUUCAUCAAAACCAGUCUGUAUUCCUCAAGUACCUUCUAGUCCAAAAUAUUCCACCCUUCAUACACGUCGAAGUGUUGAGGGUCUGAAUUUCGAGCUCGAAGGACUUGAUUUAGGCAAUGAUUAUAUAUUUGCACGUACUCCUCCCGAAGGUAGGCGACCUCCUAUUCCUGGUUUAACAAUAAAAAAUAUCAAUACUCAAACACAAACUUCGAACGGAUGGAUUGAUAACGCACCACUAUCUCCUUCUGAAAAAGAUAGAAGAAGCCGGUCUGUAUCUCCCUCUUGGUCUUCUUCACCAACAGAACAAAAAGAAACUUUUAAAGACCCUCCUAACCCACAUAGGCGUACAUCAGUUGAAUUAUAUUCCAAAGAAUCUUUAGAUAUAACUUUACGCAAUUCAAAGAAUGCUUCUUCUCCUAAACCUAAUAAUUCAUUCUGGUUUUCGCGGGGUCCUCCUGAUGGAGCGGAAAUUCCUUUAUGUGGAGAAGAUAUGAAAAAGGAAAGAAAUUCAAUUAGUUCGAAUGAAUUUUAUUCGUGCCCAGACGUUUCUAAAUGUACAAUUCAAUUCAGCAGAGAUUCGCCUUUCUGUUCUUUAUCUACAGAACUUUGAUACUAAACAGUUCGUUAUAAAAUUAUUUAUUCACAGUAAGAAGUCAGUUUCUUAUUUCUUAUGUUAAAAAAUUGUUUUAUAUAUAUAUAUAUAUAUAUAUAUAUAUAUAUAUAUAUAUAUAUAUAUAUAUAUACA